GAUGCCGGACAGUCUCUGGGGGAGGCAGCACUGGGAGGGACCUGCGGACCUGGAGGGACCAGGGCUCAGAGCUCCGCAGGGUCCAACGAAGAAAAGCUAGGCGGCUGCGAGACCACCUUCCCGUCGUCGCCAAGCUGGAGCUCGAAACGGAGUUCAGUGGGGCCAGGGCCCCGGCUGCUGCUCAGCGGCUCCACGAAGCAGCGGCCCCUGAGCCUGAACCGAAGGCGGUGGCGGUGCCCCGGACAGGGAGCGCACUGCGCUGGCUCACCACCGUGGUCCUGUAUGCCGCCUUCCUGGGGCUGGGAAUGAGUGUUGGUAUACUGGGACCUACAUUUCAAGAUUUGGCAAUGAAUGUAAACCGAAAUAUCAGCAGUCUUUCUAUAAUUUUUGUGGGCCGGGCCUCUGGAUUCUUCUGUGGCUCUAUGAUUGGCGGAAUUCUUUUUGACUGUAUGAACCAUUUUUUACUUUUGGGGGUGUCAAUGUGGGCUACUACAUUUGGCCUUUUCCUCAUUCCUUUUUGCAAGACAGCAGUAUUACUAAUUGUUGUGAUGUCUGUCUUUGGUGCUGCAGUUGGUGUUCUGGAUACAGGUGCAAACGUCCUUAUCUUGGCUCUGUGGGGUGACAAAGGAGCCCCACAUAUGCAGGCCCUGCACUUCAGUUUUGCCUUGGGUGCCUUUUUGGCUCCUAUUGUGGCAAAAUUGGCCUGGGGAACAACAGUGUCAGCUGAAAACCACACAGAGCCUGACCUUCACCAUCCAGCCCUCAGCCAAUCACCUGAAGCCGACCCAGACCCUCUGAUUGCAGCACCUGACGACUUGAACUUACUGUGGGCUUAUGCUUCUGUCGGCAUGUACAUUUUUGUAGUUUCUGUUUUCCUGUUUGCUCUGUUUUUAAAGAAAUCCUCGAAGCAUGAAAAAUCAAUGGCAUCUGCUCAGGUAUCUCGAAGAGCUAAAUAUCACAAGGCCCUGCUCUGUCUCCUUUUUAUGUUCUUCUUUUUUUAUGUUGGAGCUGAGAUAACCUACGGCUCUUACAUUUUCUCAUUUGCAACCACCCAUGUUGGCAUGGAAGAAAGUGAAGCAGCUGGGUUGAACUCCAUCUUCUGGGGGACCUUUGCAGCCUGCAGGGGCCUGGCAAUCUUCUUUGCUACAUGUUUACAGCCUGGAACCAUGAUUGUGUUCAGCAACAUUGGCAGCCUGGUCUCAUCUUUAUUUCUGGUGCUUUUUGACAAGAGCCCACUUUGUCUCUGGAUAGCAACUUCAGUGUAUGGGGCCUCAAUGGCCACCACCUUUCCCAGUGGUAUUUCUUGGCUUGAGCAGUACACAAGCAUAACUGGGAAAUCUGCAGCUUUUUUGGUCAUUGGUGCUUGUCUGGGAGACAUGGCUAUUCCUGCAGUAAUUGGAAUUCUUCAAGGAGAGUACCCAGAUUUGCCAGUAGUUAUGUACACUUGUUUGGGGUCAGCAAUAUUCACUGCUACAUUAUUUCCUGUGAUGUAUAAGUUAGCCACCUUGCCUCUGGAUCUUCAGGGGAAAGAAAACAGGAGUGAGAAUCAGAAAGUUUUGCCCUCUAGUUCUAGGCUAUGAAGAAGAGAAUGAAGGGAAGGACUCAGAAUAGAAUAAAUGGAUUUUGAAAUGGUGGAAGUGAAUGAUACAAUGUAGCAUUCUAUAAGAAGGUCCAAAGGGGUAGGGGUGUUGGGAGGGGAAGGGGAAAGGAAAGAAGGGAAAGGAAAAAUUACAAGCAAAGAAAAAAAAAAGGAAACGAAGUCUAUGUAAAUAGGGAAGGGUGG